AUGAAGAAAACAGCGUUCGCCACCAUGUAUGGGCACUAUGAGUUUAGGGUUAUAUCGUUUGGCUUGACAAAUGCACCUCCUUACUUCAUGGAGACAAUGAACAAGAUGGAAGGGAAGCUCCAUCACGAUAUUUUUCCCGACUCCUAUUCCUGCAGCGCCGCCACCUCCCAUUCUCCUCCUCAGCUCUCAUCAUCAUCUAGCUCCCAUCCUACCGCCGUCAAGCAGCUCGCCGUCCAGCAACUCGGCGCCCUGGUGGUGCUGCCGACGUCCUGCCCCCAACCUGCGACUGGCUGUGCUGCGCGUUUAGAAUUGCUACCAGUGGGCAGUGUGGGGAAGGGAAUUUGGGAAGGAAUAAGGAAAGAGGAAGGUAAAGGAAUGGAAAGGGGAAAAGGUUUGAAGAGUUCUAGAGUCGAAAGUGAUACGCCAGGUUCUCAUCAAGUUUUUAGGUUCCAAUUGACUGCGGCAUGCAUAGGAAUGGGGAGUAGAUGGUCUGCAAGAGCACAUACAUUUGUUUACACAUGCUUAUAUCUUAAUUGGUGCCUAGAGUACAUGGUUAAGCUUGGUUGAUUUAUUCAAUCCAUGGUUGCGACGUUCAUGUGGUUGGUCAGAUCAACUUAUUUUGUUGUUGGGAUGGGCUGUGAUGCUUAUUCUUCAUUCGUAUGCUAUUUUGGUAUCUUGUGAUAUAAUCUGUUUGUCCAGUAUGUACUAUUUACAGGGGAAACUCUCUUGAAAUUUUGUAUAAUAUUUAUACUUGUGUUAUUAUUAUGUAGCCUACGGAUUGUGGAAA